UGCUCGCGCGUGCACGCCCCCAGUGCAUGCGUGUGCGCGCAGGCGGAGGGUCUUGGCGCUGGAGCUGCACGGCGGAGCAGGCAGAAGCCGCGGAGCGCGCAGGGGGAGCCGCACACACACACGCACCGCCGCGUCAGGAGCUUCAGUGCGCAGAGGCCAGAGAUUGAAAAUGGGAGGCAAGCUGAGCAAAAAGAAGAAGGGAUACAGCGUAAACGACGACAAGUCCAAAGACAAGGAUGCCAAAGCAGAAGGCGCCUCUGCUGAGGAGAGCGAAGCACCAAAGGACAAGAAAGAUGAGGCGGCCAACGAUGCUAAGGAGGUAGCUAAUGACACGGCUGCCCCCGCGGCAGACGCUGCAGCGCCGAAAGAGGAGGAAAAGAAUGCAGCUUCUGCCGCGAAGGAGUCCGAAAAACCUGCCGCCAACGCUGAGCCCAAAACAGAGGCUGCCAAGGCCGAGGAGAAACCAGCCGCCCCCACCUCGGCCAAAGAGUCCGCUCCUGCCGCGAAGGAGCCCGAGGCGAAGACACCCGCCCCGGCAGCAGAGAGCAAAGGUGAGGCCGACGCCAAAAAGACUGAGGCCCCUCCGGCACCAGCAGCCAAAGCCGAGGCGGCUCCCGCCACCUCCCCCGACCCCAAGCCCACCGAGGCCCCCGCACCCACGAAGGAGGCCGCCGCACCUAGUUCAACACCAGCCGCUGAACCUCCUGCCAAGGAGGCGAACGCCACGGAGGCACCAAGCAAGGAUCAAACCGUAGCAGUUCAAGAUUAAUGGACAGCUUCUUUUCGGAAAUGAAGAAAUCGAUGACCUAACUCAACAACGAAGAAAAUUUUUAAAAAGAGGGAAAAUGAAAUUUACCAGCCCGCCAAUAUUCUGAUAACAAUAAUAAUAAUAAUUGUAAUAAUGACGAUGAUGAUUUGUUGAACGAGGAGGACUGGAGACGUUUCCCGCUGAUGAUUAUUGCUAUUAUUAUUGUUACGUUUUACUCUUUUUCUGCUGUAGUAUUUGAACUUUGAUACGAGUCUGUGUCGGCCAUUUGCUCCACCACUUCACCUUCAUCCAUUCACUCAUCAAACCCAGACGUCUCACCUGAACCCCAUCAAACCCACAGGCCUGCACCCCCCCCCC